CCGUCGGCGGCUGCCUCGCGGCGCUCCCGGCGCACUCGGAGCCCGGCGGGGACCGGGAGGCAGAGGCUGGUGGCCCUGGGUCCGAGUGCCGGAGCCGAGCGGGGCCCGGGGGCCGAAGUUUGCCGGCGGCUCCAGGAGGUGGCGCGGGUGGCUUCCAGCCCCUGAUCGUGUUCUCGCCGGGACCCGCCGGCGAGCCGCGGCCCGGCCAACUCCGCGGUGGGGACGCUGUGCCGCGAACUUGAGGCCCGAGAGGGAUGUGAAGGCCCAAAAUGACCCUCUUACCGGGAGACAAUUCUGAUUACGACUACAGCGCGCUGAGCUGCGCCUCCGACGCCUCCUUCCACCCGGCCUUCUUCCCCCAAAGCCAGUCACUCAAGGGCGUCUUUUACCGCCGAGCCCAGCGGCUGCGGCCACAAGACGAGCCCCGCCAGGGCGGCCAGCCAGAGGACCGCAGGCGCCAGAUCAUCAUCAACGUGGGCGGCAUCAAGUACUCGCUGCCCUGGACCACGCUGGAGGAGUUCCCGCUAACGCGGCUGGGCCAGCUCAAGGCCUGCACCAACUUCGACGACAUCCUCAACGUGUGCGAUGACUACGACGUCACCUGCAACGAGUUCUUCUUCGACCGCAACCCGGGGGCCUUCGGCACCAUCCUGACCUUCCUGAGGGCCGGCAAGCUGCGGCUGCUGCGGGAGAUGUGCGCCCUGUCCUUCCAGGAGGAGCUGCUCUACUGGGGCAUCGCCGAGGACCACCUGGACGGCUGCUGUAAGCGCCGCUACCUGCAGAAGAUCGAGGAGUUCGCCGAGAUGGUGGAGCGGGAGGAUGAGGACGACCCGCUGGACAGCGAGGACCACGACGGCGAGGGCCCCACGGAGGGCGAGGGCCGCCUGGGCCGCUGCAUGCGGAGACUGCGCGACAUGGUAGAGAGGCCGCACUCAGGGCUGCCCGGCAAGGUGUUCGCCUGCCUGUCGGUGCUCUUUGUCACCGUCACCGCCGUCAACCUCUCCAUCAGCACGUUACCCAGCCUGAGGGAGGAGGAGGAGAAGGGCCAGUGCUCCCAGAUGUGCCGCAACAUCUUCAUCGUGGAGUCUGUGUGUGUGGGCUGGUUCUCCCUCGAGUUCCUCCUGCGUCUCAUCCAGGCGCCCAGCAAGUUCGCCUUCCUGCGGAGCCCGCUGACGCUGAUUGACAUGGUGGCCAUCCUGCCCUAUUACAUCACGCUGCUGGUGGACGGCGCCGCCGCGGACCGCCGCAAGCCCGGCACAGGCAACAGCUACCUGGACAAGGUGGGGCUGGUGCUGCGCGUCCUGCGGGCGCUGCGUAUCCUGUACGUCAUGCGCCUGGCCCGCCACUCGCUGGGGCUGCAGACGCUGGGGCUCACGGCCCGCCGCUGCACCCGCGAGUUCGGCCUCCUGCUGCUCUUCCUCUGCGUGGCCAUCGCCCUCUUUGCCCCCCUCCUCUACGUCAUCGAGAACGAGAUGGCCGAUAGCCCCGAGUUCACCAGCAUCCCUGCCUGCUACUGGUGGGCUGUCAUCACCAUGACAACUGUGGGCUAUGGCGACAUGGUACCCAGGAGCACGCCUGGCCAGGUGGUGGCGCUCAGCAGCAUCCUCAGCGGCAUCCUCCUCAUGGCCUUCCCCGUGACCUCCAUCUUCCACACCUUCUCCCGCUCCUACCUGGAGCUCAAGCAGGAGCAAGAAAGGGUGAUGUUCCGGAGGACCCAGUUCCUCAUCAAAACCAAGUCGCAGCUGAGCAGCAUGUCCCACGACAGUGACAUCUUGUUUGGAAGUGCCUCGUCAGACACCAGAGACAACAACUGAGCCCAGAGGACACACCCCGCCACCGCCACCGCCAGGACACCCCCAGCCCUACCUGCCCUCUGAGGCUUGAAGCUAUCGCCAUCACUGCAGAAGCCUUCAAAGGCACGUGCUGCUUCUGAGCGCAGCCCUGGCCUAGGAGUGACCGAGCCACGCCCCAGGGAGGAUGUCCCAGCAUCCAUCCGCAGGGGGUCCCUGGUCCUCAGAGUCCAGAAGUGAAGCCCAGCACACAGCCCUGUCGGUCCCCCCGCCCGCCCCAGCCCCCAUGCCUGUUUCCCUAAUAAGGAAAUGGCUUGUUCUUUCCACCAUGUAAAUAACAUGCCCAGCAAAGACUUGCUUUCUGGGGCUGCCUAGAGAAAAAAUACAAACGGCAGCAGCUACACGUC